AAUCAAUCAUCAUUUUCACCAUUCUCAUCCGGAAAUUCGUAUGGCUGAUGGGUAGCACCACCGCCACCAAUGCCUCAGAUUCACGCUUUCUCUUCUCUAGCGUCAAACCCAUUACCACACUCCAUUACAUUCUCUUCUUCCCCUGCUCCAAUCCACCGUCGUCUGCACCACCACCGCCCUCCCAAUCUCAGACGACUUACUUCCCGCGUCGUCCAACUCACUCGCAGGAAACAACUUCAUCAGAUAUUUGAGGAAAUCGAACUUGCCAAGCGACAAUAUGGGGAGCUGAACACGAUCGUCAUGAAUGCUGUGUUGGAGGCUUGCGUUCAUUGCGGCAAUGUUGAUUUGGCUCUAAAGAUCUUCGACGAGAUGGCCAAACCUGACGGCUGUGGUGUUGAUGGUGUCACCUACGGUACACUGUUGAAGGGUUUGGGCGAGGCUCGAAAAAUUGAUGAAGCAUUCCAAAUACUUGAGUCUGUUGAACAUGGUACAGCUCCAGGGAGACCAAAGUUAUCAGCACCAAUAAUUUAUGGUCUGCUGAAUGCUCUAAUUGAAGCAGGAGAUCUGCGCCGUGCUAAUGGUCUUCUUGCACGCUAUGGCUUUCUGCUUCGUGAGGGUGGAAAUCCAUCAGUAUCAGCGUACAAUUUACUAAUGAAGGGAUACAUAAGUGGAGGCUGUCCUCAAGCUGCAGUAAACAUGUAUGAUGAGAUAAUACAGCUAGGAUUGGAGCCUGAUAGACUCACCUACAAUACUCUAAUUUUUGCAUGCAUCAAGACAGAAAACUUGGAUGCUGCUAUGCAAUUUUUUGAAGAAAUGAAGGAUAGAGCACAAAACUUUUGUGAUGAUCAACUUUAUCCAGAUGUCAUUACGUACACUACAUUAUUGAAGGGUUUUGGUGAGGCCAAAGAUCUACAUUCUGUUCAGAAGAUUGUGUUGGAGAUGAAAUCACAAGAUUUGUUCAUAGAUCGAACUGCCUUUACAACAAUGGUUGAUGUAUUGCUUAAUUGUGGUUCAAUUAAAGGUGCUCUCUGUAUAUUUGGAGAAAUGAUGAAGCGGGCAGGGGCAAAUGCAUGCCUGCGGCCAAAGCCACACCUUUAUCUUUCCUUGAUGCGUGCUUUUGCUGUUAUAGGGGAUUACACCAUAGCUAAAACUCUGCAUAAGCGCUUGUGGCCAGAUUCGUCUGGCACCAUCUCCCUAGCGGUUCAAGAAGAAGCUGAUCAUCUUCUAAUGGAGGCAGCUUUCAAUGCUGGGCAGUUAGAUGCAGCUAUAGAAAAACUUACAAAUAUUAUAACCAGAUGGAAGGGAAUAUCGUGGACAAGCAGAGGAGGCAUGGUUGCUUUGUGCAUAGAGGCUCUUCUGGGAUUCUCCAAAUCUUUGUUUAGUCCAUACUUGCUUCCUCUGGUAAUGCCUGGUGAACCAAUUGAAAGUAUAAUGAUUCCAUUUGAAGCAACUCGGCCAUUACUUGGAACAUUGCAAUUGAAUAAUGUAGUAAUGCGUUUCUUUAAAGAUCCAGUGGUGCCUAUUAUUGAUGAAUGGGGCAGCUGUAUUGGAUUAUUGCACCGUGAGGACUGCCAUGAGAUGAAUGCUCCACUUUCAAAAAUGAUGAGAAGUUCUCCUCCUUGCAUUACAACAAGAACAUCUAUUGAUCAUGUGAUUGAUCUAGUUUUGGAAAAGAAGUACAAAAUGAUUAUUGUGGUUAAACAUGACAACUUCCAUGGUACUAACUACAGCUUGAGGGCAGUUGGGGUUUUUACCGCUGAACAAUUAUGUAACCUAAUUGCAGCUUCCUCAAAGGUGCCAAAACAGAAGCUGCCCAUUUGUAGAUCAUUUUAAUGCACUUUGUAUUUUCCCUCUUUUUAUUAUAUAUUAAAAUAGGAUGGUAUAC